GCUUUGUCUAAAAUACACGAUCUUUGUUUAGCGUACAGGAAGUCGGCAGCAGGUGCCACCGGAAGUGUGUUCGGUCUUUGCCAGGGAGCUAACGGCAUUAAUUGGAAGAAGCCGCUCAAUAAUUACAACGAAAGAAAACUAACAUAUAAUAUUGUAAAAUGUCUUCAGCUGAAAUGAGUGGCGCUCUACCCAACCAUCGAAGGACCAAGCCCGGUGGUAUAAAGAUCGGGGUUGUGGCCACAGGUGCGACUGGACCGACCUCCCAGAUCCCCGGUCUGUCCCAGACUGCCGACGAAACCUCUCCAGCGGAGAGGGUCACCGGGCGGCGAGUUGGGAUCUUUGAGUCGGACUCAGAGUAUGUCAAACUCGCAAAGGGUGGUGGACACAAAGGGCUGUUGAGUCAUGCUGCUGAUUCUGCUGAUAAACCUGGGAAGAGCUACAAUCCACCCAACUGGUUUGGAGAUGAGGGGAAAAAGAACGGGAGCAAACCAACGUCUCCCGACGAGAUGAAGGCGGGCAAGCAGCUUCUGGCUGCACCGUUUGGCACUAAUAACGGUUCGUCCGGGGAAAGAGAUGAUAGCUAUUCCCCUGAUAAAGAGCAGAUGUCUCCUGAUGGAGUUGCCGAUGAGCUGGAGGGUCUGUCUAUGACCGGCAAAUACAAGAGAACGUCCCAUGAGAAGAAAACUCCCCCCGUCAGCAUGACUAAGCUGCUGAGUCAUGGCUACAUUGAGAAGAAGAAGUCUCCUAAUGACGAAGACGACGUUUCAAGUGUGACCUCAGAACAGACCAGCACCACCAUGACGGAGGACGUGGACGUGGACGAGCUGGAGUAAUGCAUGCAGAUUCUGGUAUCGAGGGCAAAGGGGGUCGUCCUAACACUAGUUCGUGGUUUCCACAAAACCAGGAACACACAACUCCUCCCCUCUCGGAUUCACUCAUUUACUGUACAUCCACUGACUGUUAGGUUUUGUACUCAUGUUUAUGCAAAGGUACUGUCCUCUCUAUUUAUUUGCUUUAAUUUGUAAAAAGAAUUCACACAGAUUUAGUUCAGUAGAUUUGUCGGUGCUCGCGGUACUUUUAUUAUUUCUGUAUUGUCGUUCCUCGAUUUGAAAGACGAGUUGUGCACGGGGCAGGAAACUAACUAAUGCAGUAACGAGUAAAGCUUCACGACUGUUGUGGAGACGGAGUUACCAGCCCAAGCUUAAGGUCACCUGCUUCUGGCUGGAGUUAGUUUCCCUCCCUGGUUGUAUGAAGAUCGAGUUAGUGAAUUUAAAAAGUGUUUGUGCUAAAGAAAUGUGUUUCCAGUGACGUGAAAUAUUAUUUGUUUCGAUCGGGGGCUCGUGCUCUCUGAAGGGAUGUUAGAGGUUUGUGUGUUUUCGGCUGUGGGGGGUGUGGAAACGAUUAUACGUUGAGACAGCCCCCCUGCAGCUGUGACCACACGACAAAGUGCAAACUGACGGCCACAGCCGCCGCGGUUUGUGUAGUUAAAACGGGCCAAAGGUGACUUCUUAGGUUGCUGCUCUGCAGAAGGUUGCCCGUCUCCACCCACACGUGUUUCUGACUCCCUAAAACCGAGGAUAAAUGCCUUAUUUUACUUUGAAAGCUGCAUUUUUAUGCUGCUUUUAGUCCAAUAAUCAGAAUAAAACCCCUUUUUCAGAAGAAAAAUGCCUCGUAUUAAAAAAACUAAAUGACCUCAAGUGAUGUUUACAAGUCUCCAGAAGAGUUUGAAUUCCAUCAAUUGCUUCACGAUCAAUCAGAAUGUCAGAAACUUGCUAAUGAUGGAACUAAAUCGGGUCUAUUCUGCAUGUUAAAGCCCUUCAGUGUUAAGUUAUUGCAUCGUCAUUCAGCCUUAUAAACCCAAAACUCAUGCAACAACAGUAGAUGUUGGGAAAUGGCCACCUUCAGCAGACUGCCGAGCUGAAAGUCAAGUCCAGAGUAAUUCCCUGUGAAGAUUAAGGCAGAAAAGUGAGUUCUGAACAUGCCAACCAAGCAGUUUUUCCCUGCUCAUGCAGUGUUUUUAUACUUUGUAGACAUCAGUAGGAGAACUUUAGUGUUAGCCUGAUCACACCAAACCCUGACAUGACCAUGACAUGUCCAUCUGAUGGGAGCUUCUUCUGUUCAGAGGAGAGGGACGUUUACUGCCGCAACAUUUCCAGAAGCGGUGAACGAGCUGCUGGUCGAGUGGUUUGGAUAUUCUAAAAAUGUACUUAGGGAUUAAAGGACGAGGAUUUCUACACCUGCCAUAUUCGUUCUUUUUACUCGGUAUCUGAAUUUAUUUUAAAAGUUUGUUUCAUUUGUAGCGAACACUUACGUUUAGCGAGGACGCUCAUCUCUUAAUGGGCGACUUUAGCGAAACCUUUGAUUGCUAAUACGUCCAUCUUUUUUCUGCCAGUUAUAUAAUUGAGUAUGUCCUUUAGUAAUAUUAUAUAAUGCUCAUCCUCCACACUAGUUUCCAUCUGUGUGGUAUUAACAACGUCUUAAAUUGAACAGCAGUGACGCACUUCGACACCUUUUUUUGUUUGACUAUUUCCUGUGUAGAAGGCGGAUGUUUUACGUUGUUCCUUCGCUCUUUGGCGCUCAACACUCAUAAAGUUCAGUCUUACUAAUACAGCGCCGCCGACGAGAGAUGUCGCGCCACCUCUUUGUCCUCUGCUUGUUUGUGGGGAGGCAGAAUUAGUGCGACUGUCAAACCGGUAAUAGAUUUCAUGACAUUUGAUGUGCAGCUCAGCCUUGACUCAUUUAACAGUUAUAGUUUUUCAGCCGUAGCUGUGAGCCUGACGUCGACUGUAUAAUCCUACAGGGACAUUUGUGGAGCGGAGAAAAUGCUCUUAUAAAUGAAAAGGAAAGGAGUGAUUUAUUUGGUUCUAACUGAAAGAUUAAAGCUCCCGACUUCGUCCCGGUAAAUCCAACACGUUCAUCACCUGCGUCUCAGAAAUGGUGCAGCAGUAACCGACUCUCACUUCAAAAAGAAUUAGCUUGAAAACUCUUACAAGAGACGUGUCAUGUUCAACACAACUGUCCCGUUUAGGGCUGUCACUCUUUUCCAACACGAUAUAUAUUAAAGCAAUGAUGCAUAAUGUAUCUGUAUGUGGUAUUAAAAAGUGUCAAGUGUCAAAGGCGACGCACUGGAUUUUAUUUUGCAAUGGAAUGAAACGAAAGGCGAAUGUAUCAUCUUUUCCAUUCUUGUUUGUACGAACUGCAGGUAUUUAAGUGUUUUACAUUCUUCCUCUUCUCCCCGUGUGAGUUGGUGGCAGUUUUACAAACUAAUAGCGGGAACCUUUUAGUGGCUUAACUUUGCAAAGUCCUCCCUGAAGUCUUGCCCCCAUCUUGCUUUUUAAACAAUGCAAACGCUUCAGAAGAGAGUGAAGAAGGCAGCUUUUAGUGAGGAGAAGUCCACCUGACACAACUCGAUGUAAGACCCCGCUCCUCUCGAUGACUGCACACAGAGUCUCAAUUAUCAUUUCAAUAAAUGGGCAUGUGCAUGUA